CUUCAACUUACUUAUUCAACAAUCGCCAUGUUCGCCCGCCUCUACACUCUCUUCGUCGCUCUUUUCUUCGCAAUUCCCCUCCUUGCGUCCGCCUCGGCUAUCCCCCGCGGUGGCGAUUCUUGUACCACUGGAGAGGUGCAAUGCUGUGAUUCUGUUCAGAAUUCCGGCUCUAGCAGCGUCGUCUCUACCCUUUUGGGACUCCUCGGUGUCGUCGUUGGCGGCGUUGGUGUGGAUGUUGGUCUUACCUGCUCUCCUAUCAGCGUCAUCGGUGUCGGAGGAAACAGCUGCUCUGCCCAGACCGUGUGCUGCGAGAACAACAGCUUUAACGGUGUCAUUGCUAUUGGCUGCACUCCCAUUAACGUGGGUCUGUAAAGAGCUGAAGAGGCGUUACAGUCUUUCAUGGUUGUAUCAUUGAGGGGCGACAAAAUCACGUAACGUUCCGGGCAAGAUAUCAGGAUACUCGUUUUAUACCUCUUUCUUUCAUAUUGGUUCUUGCAUCCUCCUUUAUAAUAAAUAUACCGCGCGGUUCUUUUCAACAU